UGUUUGUCACAAAAGUUGUCAAAGUUUACAUAAAUUUAAGAAGUUCUUUUAAUAACUUUCGUCAACGAAAGAAAUCCAAACAUAAAAGUCUAAGGUCCUUGGGCGGAAUGAAUUAAAUAAAAUGAUUGUAGGGUAGCAAGAAUCGCCUUUGGCCAGUUGCAAUCGCAUUUUGAUGGUUCAGAAAAUUUGGAUGAGCCCCUUUCUCAAUGCUUGGAUGCUUGUCUAUGUUGUUUUUGCAUGCGCUGCUGCUAUUUUGUUUUUACAGCUGAUUUGUAUGCGCUUGUGUGUAUGCUUUUGGCUUUUGUUUUAUUUUGAUUUAUUUUCAUUGUGUUAUCAGCUACAAUUGUUGCACUAAUUGAAAAUGUUACCAAUUCUGUUUCUCCUCCAUGCAAUCGGUUUUAACAAACACACAGAUGUUGAAAAGGCUGCCGCCAGCAUUAGAAUUGAAUUGAAAACGCAUUUGAACAAUUUGCCGCAGUCGCUGUGCGCUAAGAAUUAAGCAAUAAACGCCAAUUGAAUCAUUGUAAUUGUUAUUUAUUCCAAGCCAGAGUUUAUCGUUACUCCCUUAUAUACACAUUUAGCAAACUAACCAAAAAAAAACAUAAUCAAAUAUAAAUCGCAUUUGAAACGCAUUCCAAUUUAGUAUUUUGCGUGGGCAGACGUUUUGCCUAAUUAGUUUAUAAGUGUACUACGUCCAGAAGCGGACAAAAUGGCGCCGACAACGACAAUUGAAACUAUAACAAUCACAAGGCCCCUCAAGGUGAUUGCAUUUAUAUGCGGAGUCAUAGUGGUGGUACUGAUGAUUAUGGCUUUGGCCUCGACAGAUUGGCUAAUGGCUGCCGGCUGGCGGCAGGGCCUAUUUGUGCAUUGUAUUGAGGAUGAUUCAAUGCCGCCGCUGCCAUUCAAUAUACAGGAUCCACCAGGCUGCUAUUGGACCCGCGAUAUUGGCUACAUCAAGGCAACCGCUGCGCUUUGUAUUAUCACAUUGAUAACGGACGUCAUAGCCACAGUGCUGACUGGACUGGGCCUUAAGUCGCAGAAUCAUAAUCUUAAAUAUAAAUUUUAUAGAAUAGCAGUGCUAGUAAUGCUCGUUUCAUUAUUGGCCGUGCUGUCCGCUCUGAUUGUGUAUCCCGUGUGCUUUGCAGGCGAACUCACAAUGGCGAAUCGACGCGUUUGGGAGUUUGGCUGGGCCUAUGGCGUUGGCUGGGGCGCAGCAAUUUUCUUGUUUGGCGCGGUGGUUCUGUUGCUCUGCGACAAAGAAUCUGAGGAGAUCUACUAUAAGGAGAGAAAAAUUGUACAUGAAAACCAAAUGCGCGCCUAGGCAAGGCCGCACGACCUGCCUGACGUCGUUCUUUAGACAUAAGCAUCUAGCAACCAAUACACACACACAUACACACACUCACACACAGACACACUCACAGACGUAUACAAAUUUCAAUUUGACUCAAGACUCAAAAACAAAGAACUCGAUCAAAAUAGUAAUUUUCGUCAAAAACUUUAGUUAGACUUCUGAUUACGUCCAUCAUGAACCAAUUUAAGCCAAAAAUGAAACCAGAACGACUUGACUUUCUUCUCCCCAUAGUACUGGGUGUUAGUUAAAUAAGACUUGUUUUUUUUUUAUUAUUUUAUUUUUUUCUUCAUAAGUUUUCCCAUACUACUGAAAGGUAGUUUUCCAAAACACACAUACACAUACGCCGCAUCUGACAUAUAAUGAAAUAUAUAUACACCAAAUCGUGUCCAAUCUAUCUACCUACCUACCUAUAUAACAACAUAAUGAUAUAUGUAUAAUUGCAAUUUGUGUCAGCGAGUUUUACAAAAUUGUAAUUUUUAGUCUGCUCUUUGGCAUAAAUGUGACGAGAAAGCACAACAAAAUUGUACUAAAUGUACACAUAUUAAACAUAUAUUUAAAAAAGAAAACUAUUCAGCUACAUACCAGUCGUAUACCUAGAAAAUUAUCAUAGAAAUUCAUAGUCGUUUACACAUGUAAUCCUUCCAGAUAUGUAUGUAUGUAACCUUACUAUAAUCGAUCCAUACUCCCAAAACGAAACAAAUAUUUCGACAAUACUACAUCGAAACAAAAUGUAUGUGAACUUUAUUCAGUUAUUUUCGUACAAAAAUUUUCCUCAAGUAAACAGUUUAAAAAGGCAUUGCCAGGCAGAUUACGUAUUUUUCUUUUAAAUUUUGAUUUAUAUAAAAUGAGUUUGUUUCACUUGUAUUGUGUUGUGUGUCAGUGCUCCCUAAAUACCUAAUGUACUCGAAUAUACAUAUUUUUGUAUUUUAGCCACUCACCUUUUGUAUAAUACUUAAACCGUCCCGUCUACCACUCAGUUCACUUUGAAUAUUUUCUUAAGUUAAUAUCGUAUAUGCAAUAUUUUUAACACAAUUAAUUUGGCAGCUUGUUUUUUAAAGCACAAUUGUAACCGCAGCUUAAUUUAUUUUUACAUUUUAAUUUAUAAUUGUACAUUUGAAUUGUGUUUUAUGCUAUACUUACAUAUCAAAUCCAAUUAAAUAUAAUAAACACGUUUCUGACAACUUUUGUUAAAGUAUACAAAUGCAUUUUUUGAUAGAUGCAAAAAUAUUUAUAAUUUGAUAUGAGUUAUUAGGAUUUGCUACAAACUUUGGCUUGUUAAACAUAGUUUCCUUUUCUUUUGAACUGUGUUUUUGAUCAUUAACCAUUGUCAUAAUCAAUCGCAAUUAUUAUUAUAAACUCAUCGUAAUUUUCCAAAUGUUCUUCAGUUGCAGUUUGUUUCCGUUCUCCAAAAACGACAAUUGACAAAGCAAUUAAAAACAAUAAGAGUUUUAGGUAAAAAAUAAACAAAAAGGCAGCAAAUGCCAGCAAAAUGAGACGUUAAUUACAACAAUACAAAGAUAAAUACACGUGCAUUAACAUUCAUAUAUAAAGAUGACAUUGAACAAAUCGUAGGCAGGAACGUGCGGUGAAAAAGAAAAAGCGAAACGAGAAAAAGAAGCAAGAACAAUUAAUAACGAGUAUGAAAUUAACAAUUAUACCAAACAAUUUUAAUUAACUAAACUAUUAUUAAGUAAGGUUAACGUAUGCAACUAUUAUUAAAAAACACAAAUUCAAAAAAUAUGUAACUAACGAAACAAUUAUAUAGUGUACUCAAAUGUGAACUUUUAAGAAACGUUACAAUUUUUUAUUGCAAAACGAAUGCAAAAAAAAAAUUAGCUAUUAAAUAACAUGAACACACAUAGAAACUAAAAUAAAACGUUUUAGUUUUCCCACACAUUAUUAACAAAUCAAAAACAAAUACGAACCAAUAUAUGUUCAAUCAUUACAACUUUUAUGAAUCAUUGAUAAAACAAAUAGUUCAUAUGGCAAGAAACAAAAAGAGAACGUAUCAAAUUUAUUGCUAGUGAUCGUAUAUUCAAUAAUAUUCACUUAGCCACAUACUUAUAUGAUAAUUACGACUUAUGUAUUUGCUAAUAUUGACAGUUAUCAAGAGCGUAUUUGACACGGCGAAUAUGUUUUACAAAUUCUCUAUACCCACCCAUGUGAUUAACUCGGUUAUAAUGUAAAUACUUUUGGCCCAAAAGUUCAGUUCUCAUCAAAUCAAAGUUAACAAAAGUUUUUGUUUUGUUUCUUAUACCAAUAUGCAUGCAUAUGUUUAUGAAAACUAGAUUUAGUUCUCAUUCCAUAAUCAAAAUCUAUUCAAAUGUGUACCAACAAAAUACAUAAACCACUAAUUUAACGGAACUUUAAUUACAUCCAAUAUGAAGAUUUGACUUUUGCAUUCAUUUUUCUUGGCAGCAUGGCCGCUAGCCCAGCAAAUAUUUUCAGUGUUUCAGCUCACAUUCGAAAUUAACAUAAAUAACCAAUUAAUGUUCGGUUCGUAAAAAAGGUUUAUCAAUUCUGUGAACCCAUGUUUGGGUUGGAACCUGAGUUCGUCUAACUUCGUUCAAUUUGCAAUAGAGCUAUUAAAUUAUUUAUAUUUGCAUAUUUUUAUUAAACAUUAAAUUAAUUAAAUGAAUCAUUUUCAGAGUUCUGAA